UUUUCAGUGGUACAUUGGUUAUGACUCUUUUUGUUCACACCUUUAGGACAAAAACCUGCUGCUACAUUUAACGCACUCAUACUUUCACCGUAUGAAACUUCAUAACCAAAAAAACACACAUAAUAAUCAAGACUUUAGUCCAAAAUGAGAUGGUAAACCGGAGAAGAAGAAAAAGUUGAAAGCUUUGCUUUGGAUUCUUGCUUUGCAAGUGAAAAAUUAAGGACCCUUUUUUUGGUUUGGGUGAAUUGUGGAGAUGCACAGUGAUGUGGGUGUCUGGUGGGCUCAAUCAAUGUUUUUUGCUAUGGAAAGGAUUUCCAGUGUAAUACAAGGGUAUGGCAGUUAAGGAUUGGAUAAGUAAGAAGAGAUUUAGUAUUCGAGGGAGGUUUCAGAAAAUGAUGAAGUGCAUCCGGUCAGGACAGCAAUUAAAAGUUGAUGAUACUAUUGCUUCCUCUGAGUCCCUAGCGACUCGGGACUAUUCGGUGAGUGGUUACUCGUCUAGAGCAGGUGAGAUGGUGGAGACGAAGGUUGACAAUAGCAAUAUUGAAGAAGCUGAGUCAUCUCUUCGUGAGAGUGGUUAUCUGAACUACGAGGAAGCAAGGGCGUUGUUAGGACGGCUUGAGUAUCAAAAAGGAAAUAUAGAAGCUGCACUUCAUGUAUUUGAAGGAAUAGAUGUUGUUGCAGUGACUUCCAAGAUGAAAGUCUCCCUUUCUAGAAGAUGCGAACAAAACCGGCGCCACUCACAAAGUGAUGCUGUUCCAACUAUGUCUAUGCAUGCUGUUAGCUUACUUCUUGAAGCUAUAUUUCUGAAAGCAAAAUCAUUACAGCACCUUGGAAGGUUUGGAGAAGCUGCUCAAUCAUGCAAAGUUAUUUUGGAUAUUGUUGAAUCUGCACUGCCAGAAGGCCUGCCCGACAACUUCUUUACAGAUUGUAAAUUACCAGAAAUUUUGAACAAAGCUGUGGAAUUGCUUCCAGAGCUAUGGAAAGUUGCAGGAGAUCCCCAAGAAGCUAUCUUGUCGUACCGUCGGGCUCUCCUCUAUUACUGGAAUCUUGAUACAGGAACCAAAGCAAAACUAGAAAAGGAAUUUGCAGUGUUGCUUUUAUACAGUGGUGCUGAAGCAAGCCCUCCAACCCUCCGUUCGCAGAUGGAAGGCUCCUUUGUGCCAAGAAACAACAUAGAGGAGGCUAUUCUUUUAUUACUAAUUCUACUGAGAAAGUUUGCUCUCAAAAGGAUUGGAUGGGAUCCAUCAAUCUUGGAUCAUCUUGCUUUUGCUCUAUCGGUUUCAGGGGAGCUAAGAGCCAUAGCUCAUCAGGUUGAAGAGCUGCAUCCAGAGAUCAUGAAUAGAAAAGAAAAAUAUUGUACUUUGGCUCUCUGCUACUAUGGGGAAGGUGAGGACAUAAUUGCUUUGAAUCUUCUGCAGAAUCUUUUGAAUAGCAGAGACAACCCAGACUACAUUCUGGAAUUAUUGCUAGCCUCAAAAAUUUGUGGGGAGAAUGUGAGUUCUAUUGAGGAAGGGAUAAAUUGGGCACAGGAAGCCCUUACUGGAUUGAAUGGAAGAUGUGGACAGAUGGUGAGUAAAGCGAACUGCUUACUGGGGGUGUUAUUGUCAGCUCAAAUUCGGUUGGUUUCUUCUGAUUCUCAGAGGAUUUUGAAGCAGUCUGAAACACUUGAGGUGCUGGAAACUGCAGAAAAGAUGAUGAAAGAAAGGGAUCCGUACAUUGUAUUCCAUCUUUGUCUAGAAAAUGCUGAGCAGAGAAAGUUGGAUAUUGCACUUUAUUAUGCAAAGCAGCUGUUGAAACUUGAAGCAGGGUCUAGUGUUAAAGGAUAUGUCCUUUUGGCUCGGAUAUUGUCAGCUCAAAAACGGUAUGUUGAUGCAGAGACAGUAAUUAAUGCUGCUCUUGACCAAACUGGGAAGUGGGAUCAAGGAGAACUGUUGAGAACCAAAGCUAAACUUCAGAUUGCUCAGGGCCAGUUAAAAAAUGCGGUUGAGACAUACACUCAUCUUCUUGCUGUUCUCCAAGUUCAGUAUAAAAGCUCAGGUGCUGGGAAGAAACUUUUAAAGCCUAAGGGAAAGAGGGAUAGAAGCUUGGAAAUGGAAACAUGGCAUGAUCUAGCUAAUGUGUAUACAAGCUUGUCGCAGUGGCAGGAUGCUGAGGUCUGUCUGUCAAAAUCCAAGGCUAUCAGUCCUUUUUCUGCUUCUAGAUGGUACUCUACCGGUUUACUUAACGAAGCUAAGGGGUUUCACCAGGAAGCUCUGAGAUCAUACAGGAAAGCAUUAGAUGUUGAACCGACACAUGUUCCGAGCUUGAUAUCUACUGCUUGCAUCCUUAGACAGCUAGGUGGUCAAUCAAUGCCCAUAGUUAGAAGUUUUCUGACCGACGCCCUUCGACUCGACAGAACAAACCCGGCUGCCUGGUACAAUCUGGGGUUGCUUUACAAGUCUGAUAUUAGUGCGUCAGCACUAGAGGCUGCAGAAUGCUUUGAGGCUGCUGCUCUUCUUGAAGAAUCUGCACCAAUUGAACCCUUUAGAUAAACAGCUUUAUCUGCACAUUUUGUUCACUGUUAGCCAUGUGUGAAUUGUUGUAUGUAAUUUGGAGACAUGUCAUUUUGUACAUCUUAGCUUAGGUUAUCUAGCAUAUAUAGAUGUGAAAAAAGUUUUUACAAGAAAACAAAAAAGAACAGAAUGGUAUGUUUCUGUGAGUUGCUUCAUAUUAUAUGAGUUUAAAUAUAUAUAAUUUCAUUCCAAGUUCAUCUUGUAUGCUGGUAAUACAAAAGGUAUGUAAUUUGUUUGUAAUUAUAACUGCAGCAAGGGAAAUUAGGAAAUUAGGGUUUCAAUAUUGGUGUAUUUUCUACACCAAUUUGAAGAGAAUUAAAGAAACCAAAAUUAUUGGUCUAUUUUCGUUAGGGCUAAUAAUUAUUUAGUAGGAUAUUCACCUCCCUUAUAUGAAAAUAAAUAAAUUAGUUAAGUUGGUCAUAUAAUUGAUUUUAAGAGAUGAUUUCACCUGUCAACAAAUAUAUAUAGAUUUUUAUCUGGGAUGGUGGGAUUUAAAUUCUCAUUUUACAUGUUUUUCUAAGACUUUUUAAACAUUAGUUCAAGAAAUUGAAACCCUAACAAAUAUCUUAAGCGCUUUAUUCAAAGCCCUAAAAUAAAUCUAAAGUCAAAAAAUGUUUUGCCUUUCAACAAUUUUUUCUUUUUAUUUUUAAUUCUAAUCUUAGCAAAAACCAA